CAAACUGACGGACGUUCAUCCAAUCCAAACGGGUUGGGUCCUGUGGGUGGAAACCGGACAAAUGCCACCCUUUCCAUUUAGCAGCAGAUUGAUCAAUUUAGUACGGGCCGAGUCGAAUUGAGUAUGAGGCGGUGAAAUCAAGAGGAUCAGGCUGGCAAGAAAAUCUGCGUUUUAAAACGUUAUCAUUUAUCAGUCCUUCUGCAGUUAUAAUAUGACGACGACGACCAACUUCCAAGGAAUGGAGCCAGGAUCAAAAAGCAGUUCCAGGGUGUUGCGUCCUCCGGGUGGUGGCUCCAACAUCUCCUUUGGCACAGAUGAGGAGCAAACGGCCUCCCGCAAGAACAAAAUGGCCUCCAGCAUCUUUGCUGAACCUGAAGACCCUCAUGCUUUCCGGAGGAACAACCCGCCUGGUGGGAAACCGACCGGUGUGCUUUGUGGGGAAUCUUCGGCUCCCCUGCGGAGAUGCCAGAACCAGAACCCCAGCCAAGACGGCACCGCUGAGGAGAACUCUCCUGAGGUUUUUGACCGUGAACGUGACACAAUGAAUGCAGAGAUCGCACAGGAACCAGAGCCCCAGGAGCCGAGGGAGGAGAGGGAGCCAAGGGAGGAGAGGGAGAUGACGAUGCUUUCUGGUGCUGCCACCACCGCCGAGGCAGCCGGGGUUCCUUCUGGCCGCAGGAACCCCCCUGGGGGCAAAUCCAGUCUCAUCCUGGGCUGAGUGCCAUCCCCCCCUUCUACCCUCUCCAGAAAUGCCUCCAUUUUCUUUUUUUCUGUUUUUGUAUUAAUAUUGAGAUAUGAAAAGAUGCUGCCAUUCUGUCACCCCCUCCUUUGUGAGUCUAGGAAUUCAUCUUUCCACCCUGUCCUGUCCUGCAUUGUUUUGAUAUGCCCUUUUUAAUUUUAUACAUUUUUUUUGACCGAAGCACUUUAUGUACUGUACUCUCACUGGUUCUGUCUUGCCCCUUGACCUGUAGUGUGCCAGGCCUGCUGGUAAAGGCAUCCGGUUUCAGUUACCCCCUCACUCCUUCCCCUUACCCCCCCUACCAGUGUAAAUGGGAAAACAAAACAAUUAUGCGUGCUGUAUUUCUAAAAACAAUAAAAGUAUUGAUAUGACAAUAAGGCUUCUUUUUCAUAUAUGCAAAUCUACCUUCUUGAACCAGAUAGAUAAGAACAUAAGCAUGUUAAGGAUAGACGUGGUAAUCAAUACCGUCCUCAAAAACAAGGAGGAUUUAAAGCUUACAAACAAGUACACCUUUUUGUGAUUAUUUAGGUCAUGGACACAUUUGCAGUUAUUUUGACUGGCUAACCUCAAGCAGAAAUCAGUCAAAUAGCAGGAGUUACCAGAGAAGUAAAGUUAUUUGUCUCUGAAUCUGUUUUGUCUGGAUCACUUCCUCACAUUAUGUAAAGAUAUGUCUGGUGUAAUUGUGACCUUUCUAGUUAAACCUUUUAAACAGUAGUUAUUAAAUGUUUCUCUCCA